AUGGCUACCCCCAGUGUUCUAGUCUUUGAUGCUGAGGGUCGGGCUGUUGACUUUGAGGUCUGGGUCGAUGAUCUACAGCUUUUCUUACAGUGCGAAAGGGCAGACGGUCUCUCCCUGUUCGAUCUCACGUCUCGCGCCUCUAAUGCCCCUGCUGCCGAUGCUGACAGCACUGUUCGCUCACAGUGGGCCACACGGGAUGCUGCUACCCGUCUUGCUGUGCGUAGUCACUUGCCGUCCACUGAGCGCGCGCAUUUUACUCAGUACAAGAGUGCUAAGACCUUGUACGAUGCUGUAGUUGCACGCUACUCUUCCCCUGCCACUGCUGCCCUUAGCCGCCUCAUGCUGCCGUACCUGUUUCCUGACCUCGCCGCCUUUCCCACUGUCGCUAACCUCGUUACGCACAUUCGCACUAAUGACACCCGAUACCGCGCUGCGCUUCCUGCUGAGUUCUGUGCCAAGAACCCCCUCCCCCCGCCCCCCAUGUACAUCACCCUCUACUACAUAGUCACCCGGCUCCCUGACUCCCUUCGCUCGGUCAGGGACCACUUCCUCUCUGUUUGCCCCACCACACUCACCGUUGACCUCCUCGAGGAGCGCCUCCUGGCAGCUGAGAAGAGUAUAGUCGCUGUAGGAGCCUCUCGAGGUGACCCUCGUGCCCUUGUCUUUGAGGGGUGCUCCCCCUCCCCCCUUUUGCCUUCUGUUGCCUCUGCUGCUGCCGUCAACUUCGUUGGCACCGAGUCGGUCGGCGCUACGUCUGCCCCUAGCGGGCGACGCCGCACCGGCAAGGGCAAGGGGGGCAAGGGCGCUAGAGGGGCUGGCGGGGGCGGUGGAGGUGGCGGUGGAGGAGGCGGAGGGAGUGGGGGUGGUGGUGGGAGUGGUGGCGGGGGUGGGGGCUUCGGUGGCGGCGGCGGCGGUGGUGGUGGGAGCGGAGGAGGCGGUGGCGGCGGUGGCGGAGGUAGCGGUGGAGGAGGUGGAGCUAGUCGGGGUGGCUCUGCGCAGCGGGGCGGCUUUGGUGGUGGUCAGCGCCAGCAGCAGCAGCGCACUCGUGAGACCCCGCCCCCCCAGCAGCUUCCUGAGUGGUUCGCUUCACGUCAGCAGGGUGGGGGUACUGGUCCCUGUACAUACAGGUCGGGGCUUGCUAUCUUUGAUCUUGAUUAUGAUGCUAUUCUUGCUGCCAUGUAUGCUGUGACUACUAGUGAUGAGGGUGACUGUUACCUGUGUGUUCCGCCUGACCCGGGCAUUGAGGCUGCUGCUCUAGGUGCUGGUGAGGCUGCUGCUCUAGGUUCUAGUGCGUCUGCUGCCCCAGGUGCUGAUGAGUCUGCUCUCUCAGGUACCACGUCGGCUCAGGCCUUACACACCUUCACCCUUGACUCGGGUGCUUCCCGCUCCUUCUUUCGAGACCGCACCACGCUUACGCCGCUUAGUCGGCGAGUUGUGGUCUCCCUGGCGGACCCCUCUGGGGGUCCUGUCCUUGCCCACUUCUCCACUGUCUUACCAUGUCCGGCGGCCCCCUCUGGCACCCUGUCAGGUCUCUACCUCCCCUCGUUCUCUACGAACUUGGUGAGUGGUGCUGAUCUACAGGAUGGGGGGGUUGACUAG